UAUGCUCCACUUGUUGCUAAUUCUAGCUGUUGUUUAAGCAAGAAACAAAUCUUAAAAUGAUACCAUCAGAAUUCAAACACCAGGUUGAUAUUACUCUCUAUUCCCUUAGAACAUGAAUAAAAUGUCAACAAUACUAAAAACAUUUUUUAUUCUUGUGUAAUAACAUCAUCAUCUUAUUUGACUUAUAAUGAUGAUGUUGUUAUGAAUUAAUUAAAUUCAAUUAUUGAAGCAUAUCAAACUAUUGAAUCUCCAGAAGUUAGAUAUGAAACAUAAAGAAAAGCUAGUAAGAGAAUCUAAAUUGAUGCUACUUAAUAUUGUAUCCUUAGAUAAUCAGGUGUCACAGCUAAAUAAGUAAUUCAAUUAUUGAUAUAAUUUUUAGAUGUAUGAUGAAAUACAAGUUGGAUAAUUUAAUGUUACUUAAUAUUAUUAUUUGAUGAAUGACUUUGAUUUAUCAAAAUAUUAAAAUCAAUCUGCUAAAAUUACAUUUGAUGAAAAUGAAGAAUCUGUUUGGAGAAUAAUGGAAGUAUUAAAUUAUUUAUAUUCUAGGAUUUUUAAGCAAAAUCAAGGGAAAUGAUGGGAGAUGAUGAAUUUGAUGGAUUAAACUAUUCUUAAUACCCUGAUUACAUGGAAAAUCCAUAUGAAACCUAAGUUUUUGGUUAAUCAAUAGACAAAUAAUCAAAUAUUUCUAUAUUGAUUUUUGCUUCAGUGUUUAUAUCAUUUUUUGUAAUCAUGAUUUUAGGUAUUAUGAUAAUAAUAUUUAGCUUAUUAUGCAUUAAAGGAUAGCCAUAAGAAAGUUGAAUAAAAGAAAGAAAAGAAAUCUAAAAAGUAGAAAUGA